CUAUUUGUGCUUUACUCUGAACACAGCCAAGUGGACAGAACUGUUAUGAAAUCUGCAUUAUAAUGUGUGUGUGUGUGUGUGUGUGUGUGUAUGUGUGUGUGUGAGAAUCAUGCAGUGAAAUGACAUGACAUGUAUAUAAGUGUACCACUGGUGGUGUAUGAGUAGUGAUGUACCCUCUGUAUAUGAAGCCUUAUGAUGUUCUCUUCAUUACUUUCUACAGAACUACACACGUUUAGGGUGUGACCUGGUCACUUCUGCACCCUAUGUAGUGCACCGUAUAGUGUGGGUGUGGUGAAUGUGAGUGUCAUCAUGUCGGACCGUUUCAGCUGUUUUUAUUGCCGUGAUGAUCUGAGUGGGAAGAAAUUCGUGCAGAAGGAGGACAACAAGCCAGUGUGUGUUCGCUGCUUCGACAAAUUCUGUGCCAACAACUGUGCCGAGUGUCGCCGUCCAAUCAGCACGGACGCCAAGGAGCUGCACUAUAAGGGUCGUUACUGGCAUGAGGACUGUUUCCGCUGCUCAAAGUGUUAUAAGAAUUUGGCGAAAGAGUCGUUCAGUGUGAAGGAUGAUCGGAUCCUGUGUGGGAAAUGCAGCUCACGUGAGGACGCACCCCGCUGCCACGCCUGCUACAAACCCAUCCUAGCAGGUGCAGAGAGCGUGGAGUACAAAGGCAACGUGUUUCAUGAUGACUGUUUCACGUGUUAUAAGUGUAAGAAGCCGAUCGGCUCUGAGAGCUUCAUCACUAAAAACGAGAACGUUUACUGCAGCAGCUGCCACGAGAGCAAAUUCUCUAAACACUGCACCGCCUGCAGGAAGCCCAUCACAGCAGGUGGAGUGAACUAUCAGGAUCAGCCGUGGCACUCGGAGUGCUUGGUGUGUGUGGUGUGUGUGAAGCCUUUGGCUGGAACUCGCUUCACCUCUCAUGAGGAGAAACUCUACUGCGUCGACUGUUACAAAACACACGUGGCCAAGAAGUGCAGCAGCUGUCAGAACCCCAUCACCGGUUUUGGAAAAGCCACUAAUGUGGUGAACUAUGAGGGAGGAACGUGGCACGAUUACUGCUUCACCUGCAAGAAGUGCGCUGUGAACCUUGCUGAGAAACGCUUCAUCUCCAAGGACGGAAACAUCUACUGCAGCGACUGCGCCAAGAAACUGUAGAGGGACAAAGAACGAGAGAAAUUCCAUAAACAUGAAUAAGAUUUCUGAUUUAUCCGCUUUCAUUUAACUCUCAUAUCAUAUCAUUCUGCUGAGUGUCACUGAAGGAGAUGUAACUUCUAAUGUCUGUGUGUGUGUGUGUGUGUGUGUGUGUGUGUGUGUGUGUGUUUGUGUGUGUGUGUAAGAGAGAGAGAGAGCUUUAUUGCAGAGCCCUAGGCCUCAUGAUAGAUAUAUUACUCACCACUUCAAAUCACGCAUGCUUCUUACGCACUGAAACUGUGUGUGUGUGUGUGUGUGUGUGUGUGUGUGUGUGUGUGUGUGU